UGGAUAUUGGAAGCGGUGUACUGGAAGUUGCUCGCAACCGAAUGAGGAAUUACUCUUAGCAAUCUUCAGAAUACUUACUUCACCACUUCGUCGGAAAACUGAUUUUCGGAAAGGAUUAGAAAAGCCUUGUAGGUCAACAUUAGACCUGGCUUCAGUUGGUUUUUGAAUACUUCACGUUUACACAUCAGUAAUUUGGUAUUAUGAAAACUACCAUCAUUAGUUGUUCUCAGUGUGAAGUUCUAUUGAUGGUGAUAACUUUAGAACCUUUGCCGAGAAUAUUUCCAUACUUUCACGACAUAUUUCCAAAUAUCAACUAAUACUUCGAAAUCACGUUCAAACAGCUUAUUUCAUCAAAAUUUUGGUGAUGGUUGAAAAGGUUUACUAUCCAUGGACAGGUCGAUGUGAGUUGUCUGUAUUUCUUGAACGUGCUCACCUUAUAAAUUUCUACAAUGAUGUUAAGAAGAAAUUAAAGAUAAAUCACCCUGAAGAUUUCGACCGGGUAAAACCUACUGAUCUAGCCUGUCUCGGAAUGACAGAAAAUGAAAUCAACCGACUUGCCAAUCAGCUAAUAGAAGAUGGGUUUCCGGUGGGGAAUUUCCUGUCAGAUGGAUACACAAAUUAUUCCUAUUCAUGGUCAGAUUCCAAACCAUAUUCCGCUACUGAUUUUCACAGGUUAAAACUGUUGCGUAAACUAUUUAGAGGGAAACAAUCCUAUACUAGUGCUCCAGUAUCUCCAGCACACAAACUGGAACAUCAAUCUACAAAUCAGUCUUACUGUCCUACUAGUUUCUCUCAAAAUAGUCGUCAGGACGUUGCUACUAACUCAACGUCAUUUGCCUGUCUUAUUCCUGAAAAAGACAUCAAACUUCAUUCAAGAAUCGGUAUUGGUUCGUUUGGUAUAGUACGGCGUGGUGAUUGGACUAUGCCAACUGGUGAAAUCAUUCCUGUGGCUGUAAAAUUAUUAAAACCAGAAGCAAUGAAAAGUGAUUUAUUCACAGGAUUCUUGCAUGAAAUUCGUGCAAUGCAAUGUCUUUCUCAUCCUAGUUUAAUUCGCCUUCAUGGAAUUGUACUAUCUAAUCCAAUUAUGAUGGUAACUGAAUUAGCACCAUUAGGCAGCCUGUUAUUACAUUUAAGAGCUCAAUCACUGUGUGCUAGUAAUAAUAGUCCUGGUAAACCAAAUGAAGUAACAGCACAUUUCCCAUCUGUACCUCGUGCUCUUCAAAUUGAUGCAUUAUGGGAUAUGGCUAUUCAAAUAGUUUGUGGUAUGGCUUAUUUGACAUCUCAAGGUUUGGUUCAUCGUGAUUUAGCAGCUAGAAAUAUUUUACUCUCAUCAAUUCCAGAGAAUGGAUAUCCUCGAAUUAAAAUUGCUGAUUUUGGUUUAGUUCGAUCAUUAGAGUCAUGUACAGUAAAUGAGAACAAAUUAAAUGAAAAUAAAUCAAAUCAAUCAAUCUAUACAGGAUGUUUAGAACAAAAAAUUCCAUUUGCCUGGUCCGCUCCAGAAUCUUUACAUAAACGAACUUUUUCUGAAGCGAGUGAUAUCUGGAGUCUAGGUGUUACGUUAUGGGAAAUGUGGACCGGCGGUGCAGAUCCUUGGUCGGGUAUCACCGUUGUUCGUUUGUUAGAACUUAUAGAUUCUGGUCGUAGGUUGGUAUGGCCUCGGUUCACUUGUCCACGUCGUUUAUACCAGCUAAUGUUAGCUUGUUGGCGAGUUGAACCACAUCGUAGACCGACAUUUUCUUACCUUGCCGAAAGAUUAGAUCAGAUUCGUCCAACUGUCGUAAUAGCGACUCAAAAUCUUGAUGAAGCUGAUCGUUUAGGCUUAGAAGCAGGUGAUAUUGUUGUCAUUAUUGAUGGGAAACCCCGCGACUUUUGGUGGCGUGGUCAAAAUAGGCGAACUGGUGAAAUAGGUUCAUUUCCUCGUGGCAUCGUUCAAUUUCGAAAAAACAGGACACAUACUUUAGUUGAUGAUAUAAAGCAAUCGCCACUUCGUGAUUCCUUGUUACAUGAUGAACCACCCAUUCGUAACAGUCAAACAGAAUCAAGCUUAUUACAAUAUAACUUAUCGCAUACUCGUUGUGACCGCCCUCCUACUCCUACUAGUCAAAAAUGUGAUAAAACAAAGCCUGGAACGUUACUCAGUAGUCCAAAUUACAAUCUCUUACCGCUUGAUGAUAAUUUGUCAUUAAUUGAAACUUAUUCUUCGACUUACGGGUGCUUUUUCACGAAUUUAUCACUUUCAAAUGAACCAAAUCUGGAUAAAUAUGAUGGUGAUGAUGAUAAUAGUGAAGGAGAAGAAGAUGAACGAAGAAUUCUUGAUAAAACACCUAAAGCAACUAUAGGACUAAAUGUUGACAAUGUGGAAUUACGAAAAUGUCCUAAAUCUGAGUUGCUAAAUCGUCACAGAAUGUCAGUUGCUAACUAUAUUACAAACAGUUACAAUGACCAUGAAGUUGCAACUUACAGUCCUAUAACUAUGUUACCUCCACCUCCUGGACCUGAAGAACAUGAUGCUAUUUUCUGCAAAGAUGAUAUCAGCAGUAAAAAUGUUCCUAAUGCUACUGUGCAAUGUUCAAAAUUUAAAGAUAAUACCAAACAUUUAUCUGAUAAAGAUAAUAAUUUUAAUAAAUCUGACAAUACAAUCAUUGAUAGUAGUAGUAGUAAUAGUCAUCAAGUUAAAAAUUACAAUACAUCAUCAAUUUCUGAAAGUAUAAAUUCGUCGAAAAAACAUUCAUUUUCACUUGAUAAUUUAUUAGAUGAAGUUAGUUCUAUCAACACUAAAGAUUUCGAUUGUCAGCCGUCAGCUCCACCUUUAAUUGAUUUUUAUAGUCCUCUACCAGAUCCUUUGGCAUUUAUGCCUAGAUAUCGUAUUACAGUACCUACUGCCCCAAUUUACACUCCAUCGAUUAUUAAGCCUACUCAUUCUAAUUCUACUGUAUAUGUUCAUAGAACAGUAUCCCCACCUACUAUCAAUUAUUCAUCAAAUCCAUUUUUACUGAUGAAUCACAGUGCUUCGUCACAAUUCAACUAUAACACUCAAAAUCGAUAUUUCUACGAUCCUUUUCAUCUUCAAGUCAACAUGCAAAGAUCAUACUGUACAUCUUAUCCUUUUCCUUCUUCAAUGAAUUUCAAUAUGCAUCAACCAGCAAAACAAAUAAAUUCAGUCAAUUUUUCUGAUAAUCCUUUCAAUUUAGAUAAUUUUGGAGCUCAACAACAUUCCUUGUCCACCGAUAAAAUCGAUACUGCUUCUGAUAAACCACAUUAUGGCGGCGAAUUAGAUGCUUUAAGUACAAUGUUCGAUAAUAAUAAUAAUAAUACUAGUAAUAAUGAUGCUACCUCAUGUCACAUACCGGCUGCUAGUAGUCCAGUAUUCCCAACUAAACAAGAAGUUCAUCAUCGUACUAGAUUAGAAAAUGAAUUACUUGUUAGAUCAUGUUCUCAAAGUAACUCUUCAGAAACUGCAAAAUUGAAUCCUAGCUUUCUCAACCCAACACAUGAUAAAAUCACAAGUUCUGUUACAAUUAGCUAACUAUGUGUAAUCGCCAAUGAUUUACAAUGUGUGCUGUUUGCAGUAGAAACUGGAUUUUGCAGACUGAAUGUGUGUUUAUCUGAGACUUUCAAAAAAUGCAUUGCACCUUUUAUCCUGUCUUUUUAUUUUUUUUUGGUCUAGAUUACUAUUUUGUUACCUAAGUAUGAUUUAAUUUUCGAUUCCUACUAACAUCUAAAAAACUUAUGGUAUUGAUAACAUUGAUUCGACUGAUAAGUCUGUUAUUUUGUAUGGAUUUGCUGUUUGUGUAUAUGUGUGUUCUUAUGCUGUUUCUUUAUAUUUUCUGGUUAAACGCUUAAAAACUGACUUUGUAGAUGGGUUCCAGUCUCCAGAAGUCUCCUACAUUUAAACCGAACAAAUAAUAGGCUGGAAAUAUAAAACAAGCUUUACUACAUAUCGUCUGAUUUUUUACGGAAAAAAUGGCAGCUCUUAUAACUUCAGGCGAUUUUGGUACUUUAGAACCUUCAGGUGAAUCCGCUAAAAUUGAUAACAUUCAGUAAAUAUUCGAUCAUGAUGAAAAAACAGUUUUAUCACUGGCCGUCUAUGUUUUCUAUGGAAGUUUCCAAAAAUCCUUAUCGGUUAAAUCAUUUUCUCAAUUUCACUUUAAUUUUUUAUACUCUUCAAUCCGAAAUACAUAUAUACUGUUACCACUGUAUUGACUUAUUGAAUUAUUGAUAGAUGUAACAAACAUUACGAUACGUUGCUUGAAACAUAACUGUUUACAAGAAUCGGCUUGGUGUUCCGCUUAAUCGUUCACUAAUCAAAAUGCUAUCACAAUCAAUAAACGCUUGUGUUAUUGAUUAUCUAUGUGUAUAUUUAAGUUGUUAGGUUCUUUUACACUCGUACUUAUUUUCCCUUCUUUUGUUUCUUGUGUAUUGUUUGAUGCUACUUAUUUCUAUUGAGUAAGCAAUCUUAUCCUUGAUAAUUUCCGUGCAAUGUAACGGCAGUUAUAUUGUUAUGCGAUAGGCAAAAGUAUUUGCAUAAACUAAUAGCGUUUAUUGUAUUUAUCACUAUAAUCACCUUUUUCCAACAUCAAUCCCGGUUUUAUAUACGUUCUCUGAAUUUUUGUUUAAAUGUAACAAGAUCCGUAUUUGUUUGCUGUUAGUUCGUUUUUGGUUGUUGAUAACGUUAAACGCAGCUCUCAGAUGUCAUUUACCAUAUUGUACGUUGUAAUUACCCUUUAUUUCAUUAUUAUAGGAAUUCCUUUUCUUUACAGACAUUCAGACGCGUUAAUCAUCUUAGACACCUCACAAGUUGAGGUUUGUACCCAACUUAUGUGUAUUUGUUAAUAAAACAACCAUUCUUUGGAUAAGUCGUUGUUUUUGUUGAACUUCGAUUUUACACAUAUCUCAAUCGUGUUGUUGAACGCUUCGAUAAAUGUAACAAAAGGUAUCAAUAGUUAAAAAAUAAGUAUUUAAUCGUUACUAAUCAGGUUACUGAAAUACCUAAAUAUAAUUAAAGAUUUCGAAAAAUGCAUCAAAUUUAUGCUCACUACUAUUGUAGUGAAGGAGAAUACAGAUGAGGGCAACCGAAUUGUAUUUAUCGCAAAUUACAGAGUUACUCAGUGAAAAGGAAAACCAUAUCGUAGACGGUUAGUUUGCAAAUCUUCAAUCCAUUAUCUGACAUUUCACUAUUCAUGCGUUUCAUACAUAUUCCAUUGUGUUCCCACUCUUCCUUUCUUGAUCUUCCCC